GAGAGAGAGAGAGAGAGAGAGAGAGAGAGAGAGAGAGAGAGAGAGGAGGAGUAGGAGGAGGUUGAAUAGACUAGUAAAGGAAGAAUAACGGCGGCUGGACUCUGAAGACAUGUGAACUGCCAUUAGCGCGAGUUCAUCACUAGCACAAGAAGAAAGAUUCUCGUUUUUAAUCGCCAUAUUUCACGGACGCCUGGUGUUGAUGAAGAGUUCUGCCUCACCGAGGACACAGAGGAAGUCCAUGGGUUCACCGUGCCUCAUACCGAGAGAUACAUGCUUGGAAUAUAAUUCACAUUAAAAGGGAAAUUCGCUAUCAAACCGCCAAUAUUUGGAAAAGACAGGGUCACCUGGACGCGUUCACGGACUGGUCAAACUCCCUGUCCUGCCUCAGAAUUAAAGGCCUCACCGUUAAAGUAGUUCACAGGCCCAUCUGACAUGGCGGACAGCGAAGACGCCUUUCGCCUCCAAAACUCUCCAAGUGACACGGAUGCAAAAGAUUUACAAAGCGACGGUAAAUCAGAAAAACAGAAUGGAGCCUCCAGCAAAUCUCCGUCAUCACAGACUACCUACAUUCAACAGGGAAUGGAAGGGAUCAAAGUAUACUUGCACGAGCGAGAGUUAUGGACAAAGUUUCAUGAAGUGGGGACUGAAAUGAUCAUCACCAAAGCAGGGAGGCGGAUGUUCCCAAGCUUCAAAGUGAAGGUCACCGGGUUGAACCCAAAAACCAAAUACAUUCUACUGAUGGAUGUAGUGCCAGCGGACGACCACCGCUAUAAAUUCGCCGAUAAUAAAUGGUCUGUGACAGGAAAAGCGGAACCUGCGAUGCCGGGAAGACUGUAUGUCCACCCAGACUCACCGGCCACCGGUGCACACUGGAUGCGGCAACUUGUGUCAUUCCAGAAGCUUAAACUGACAAACAACCACCUAGAUCCUUUCGGACAUAUUAUCCUGAAUUCCAUGCAUAAAUAUCAACCGAGGAUCCACAUCGUAAAGGCGGAUGAAAACAAUGGAUUUGGUUCCAAAAAUACCGCUUUCUGCACUCACGUGUUUCCAGAAACGGCGUUUAUUGCAGUCACGUCUUACCAAAAUCAUAAGAUUACCCAGUUAAAGAUUGAGAACAAUCCCUUUGCAAAGGGAUUUCGUGGAAGUGACGAUAUGGAGCUACAUCGCAUGUCAAGAAUGCAAAGCACCAAGGAGUAUCCAGUGGUCCCUCGCAGUUCUGUGCGCCAGCGGGUCGGCACCAGCCAGAGUCCGUUUAGCGGCGACGUACAAGGUCUGUCUACUCCUGGUGGCAUGAGCUCUCAGUACUCCUGUGAAAACGGGGUUACGAGCACAUCCCAAGACCUACUGCCUCAGUCAAGCUCCUAUCCUUUGCCCCAUGAACACAGUCAAGACUAUCACUGCAUCAAGAGGAAAGUGGAGGAUGACUGUCACACCAGAGAUCAUCCGUACAAGAAAACCUACGUGGAAAGUUCAUCCAGUGAGGACGAUCACUACUAUCGGCCUGUGAGCUACUCUCAGUCUCUGGGCCUCAGCGGUGCCCCCUACAGGACUGAGUCUGGUCAGCGGCAGGCGUGCAUGUACGCCGGUGCUUCGCAAUCCACUGAGCCGGUGCCUAGCCUGGAAGACAUCAGCUGCAACACCUGGCCAGGUGUCUCACCUUAUGGUAGCUGUUCCGUGACCACCAUGCAGCAGAUGGACCGGCUGCCCUAUCAGCACUUCUCUGCUCAUUUCACCUCAGGACCCCUGGUGUCCAGAUUGAGCGGCGUCGCAGGCCAUGCCUCACCACAGCUGGGCGACACACAUGCUAUGUACCAGGGCUCCAUGCCUCAUCAGCCGCUGGGUCGUCAGUGCAGCCCGAGCGCAGGGAUUCAGUCGCCAACCACCGGCCUGCAGGGGAAUGAGUACUUGUACACUCACGGGAUACCCCGCACGCUGUCCCCGCACCAAUACCACGCCGUGCACAGUGUAAGCAUCAUGCCUGACUGGAAUGAAGGCAGCUAAUUGGAUUCGCAUGAACAGAAGAAAAAAAACGCUCCCAUCAUGGUAUCUAGGAAAGACUCUUUCCUGCAUAUUUAUAUCUUUCAAAUCUACGCUGCCUUGUGAAACCUUGUGGCUUAGGUUAUGAAUGAAACCAUUGGACACUCAUGUCAGACAUCAGGCCAGUUAAACUGGCCAAGGCAGCAAUGAAUGUCCAAGAAAUAUUGGGAUUUUGUUUGUCACAGUGGACAGUAACAAGAGACUUACAUUUAUACAAAACUGUAUAACAGGGAAAACAAAGAGCAUUUCCCUUUCAAUGUUAGGGCAAAUGCGCAGAGAUGUCAGCAAUUUUAUUGACGAGACUUUUAUUAAAAAGAAGGAAAAAGAAGAUGAAAUGAAUCAAGGAAAAACAAUCCAGUUUUAUAGUAUUUUUUCAUCUCAUUUUUUGAGUUGUUUUUGACAUUAUUUUGAGCGUAUAUGAGCUGAUAUGUUAUAGAACGACUCUUUGGGAUCUUGUGUUUGAUGGUAAUGAGUCCUGACUUCUGUAAGUGUAGACUAAUGACAAAAAAAAAAAAGAAAAUGAAAACAUCUUCUGGUCAGUGAGCACCAUUUCUCUCAAAUCACAGCAGAUCUAUUGAAGUGCUGACUUUCAGUAGGUUUUGUUCAGGGAUAUAAUGCAAGUUUGUUUCACUUAAUGCAAUUUCUGAAGUAUAAUUGUUUUGGAAUUAUCAGUAAGUCCAUGAUACAAAAAGGUCAGUGUAAGAAAAUGGAUAAAUGGGCACUUUUUUAUAAAAAUGUUAGCUGGAAAUAUGGCACAGCACAAUACAAACCAAGACAUCCAUUUAAAGUACUUACCAUAUAAGCUAAUACUUGUUAUCAUGAACAUACUAAUGUAAUGUAACAUUACACAAUCUCUGUUAGUACACAGAUAAGUAACAUGUUCCAACAGUAAAGUGAUUGUCAUAAGCAGAGCACCAAUAACACAAAGUUAUUCUAAAGACUUUAGAAAACCUAUAGGAUACAACAAUGUUUUUGAUUAACCUGCAACAUUUAGCAACUAAACAUAACUUAUGUAAGGAAAUUUUUAUUUUUGGACACAUGUAGUCACCAGAUUUCUCCUGUUAAUAGUAUUUAUUUUUCUUGUAUUAUAAAACCUUCCAGUGUUUUACCUUCAAUGUCAUUUGCUAGUUCAUUAGUUGCUAGACAUUUACUUCUUUUUUUUUUUUCUUUUUUUUUUAUUACUUUGAGUUUAGGUAGACAAACUUUCUUUUUAGUUAAAAUAAGUAAUCAAUCUGGCCUAGAAUUUGGAAUGGGUAUGAAUAACUGUUAAAACAUACAAACAUGAUUUACUUGGCUGUGCAUAAAACAAAAAAUGUACAUAGAAAGCAGAAUAAAUGUAAAAGAUCCUU